CGUCGUCGUCGUGUGUGCCGCAUGCCUCUGUGUGUUGCCGCCUCUGGUUGCCGCUGCCUCUGUGUGUGUUUAAGUUUUGUUUUGAGUUUUUCCGUAUCGAAAUGUGCAAAACGAUUUCAGUCUAAUUCAGACGCUCGUGCUGAGAAGACUUUUGGCCCUGUUUGUUGGCCAAUACACACACACACACACGCACACAGCAAUCCACUAACCACAGCGCCACAGCGCCACAGCGGGGCAGGCAACAGCCGGCAUUUUGUUGGUACGAAACAUAGAAACACAGACUAGUAGUGUGUGUGGCACGAGGCGACGUGGCAGACAAAAAACUAAUUGCCUAAAAGCGGGGGACCUUUACGUAGUGCGCGUAACGUAACGUAACACAGACACAGACACACACACACAGAUACAAACGUACACAGAUACAGAUACAAAGAUACUUGAGACAAGAUCGAGAUACAUUUACAUGCCACACUCGCCAGUGCAAUGUGAAUGAUAAACGCGCGUUUAGAUCGUUAAUCGAUAACUAUCGAUAGUUCGAUAAACACUGAAAAAUGGCUUCACUGGAGGUGCAGCUCGACGCGGAACGGGCCAGCACCGAGAAUGAGGCGCAGUCCAACGCCGAGCAGGCCCAAUCCGCCCAGAGGCAACGCAGUGGCGGCACACUCUCCCCCCAACAGGGGGGCAGCAAUCGCAGCUCCCCCACCACGCUCCACGCCGACGAUCGCCGAGGAUCGGAGGAGAGGGGAGGAGCACCAGGAGGAGGAGGAGGUGGUGGAGGAGGAGGAGCUGUAUCCAAUGAAGAAACCGCAGGGCCCGGAGGAUCAUCCUCACCUGUGGCCGGCUCGCCCUCCGCCUCGGGCUCCCCGCCGUCCACGCCGUCGUCGCAACAGUUCUGCCUGCGGUGGAACAACUACCAGUCGAAUCUAACCACGAUCUUCGAUCAGCUGCUGCAGAACGAGUGCUUCGUGGACGUGACGCUCGCCUGCGACGGCCGCUCGAUGAAGGCCCACAAAAUGGUGCUGUCCGCCUGUUCGCCGUACUUCCAGACCCUCCUGGCGGAGACGCCCUGCCAGCACCCGAUCGUCAUCAUGCGCGACGUCUCCUGGGGCGAUCUCAAGGCCAUCGUGGAGUUCAUGUAUCGCGGGGAGAUCAACGUCAGCCAGGAUCAGAUCGGUCCCCUGCUGCGGAUCGCCGAGAUGCUGAAGGUCCGCGGCCUGGCGGAUGUCACCCACAUGGAGGCGGCCACGGCGGCGGCGGCAGCGGCCGCCUCGGAGGCACGCGACUCCCACUCCCACAAGGAGGCAACCCACCGCGACACAGUGGAGCAGAGGGAGGCAGAGGAGCUGCUGGCCUUCAUGCAGCCGGAGAAGAAGCUGCGCGGCGACUGGGACUAUCAUCCCUCCUCCUCGGGCGGCACCAGUGCCGUCUCCACGGCGGGGGGCAAUCUCGAGCUGCGGCUCUCGCCGCUGGAGCGGCAGCAGGGCAGGAAUGUCCGGAAGCGACGAUGGCCAUCGGCCGACACGAUCUUCAAUCCGCCCGCCAGUCCGCUGAGCAGCCUGAUCGCCGCCGAGCGGCUGGAGCUCGAGCAGAAGGAGAGGGAGCGCCAGAGGGACUGCUCCCUGAUGACGCCACCGCCCAAGCCGCAGUUGCAGGGAGCAGGCGUCGUGGUAGGAGGCGGUGGCGGUGGCACCCCGAGACGCCUCACACCCGCCCUGGAGUCGGCCAUCCAUGGCCUGGAUAUGCCCUCGCCAGCGGCCACCCCGGGCCCGCGAUCCUCGCGUGCCUUGGCCCCCAGCCCGCAGCAACACCACCAGCAGCAGCAGCAGCAACAGCAGCAGCAGCAUCCGUUGCAUAUGCCACCUGUGCCUCCGCAUCACUCGCACGCACAGCACCUCGGCCUGUCGCCCGUCUCCUCGCAGCACGGCGUGUCCUCGGCUGGUGCCUCCCCUGCCGGGGAGUCGCGCUAUCCGCUGGGACCCACCGCCGCAGCAAUGGCCGCUGCCAUGGAAUUGAGUGGCCUGCCGCCGCCUGCCGAGCCACGCCUGCCGCCGCCGCCGCCCCACCAUCAUUCGCAGGGCGUGGGAGGCGGAGGAGGAGGAGGAGGAGGAGUGGGAUCCCAGGGCGGCGGCCCUUCGGGCUCAUCGCUGGCCGAUGACAUGGAAAUCAAGCCGGGAAUAGCGGAAAUGAUACGCGAGGAAGAGAGGGCCAAAAUGAUGGAGAAUUCGCAGGCCUGGAUGGGGGCCACCGCUGGCUCCGCGCUGGCAGCAGACAGCUACCAGUACCAGCUUCAGUCCAUGUGGCAAAAGUGCUGGAACACCAAUCAGAAUCUGAUGCAUCACAUGCGCUUCCGGGAGCGUGGACCCCUCAAGUCGUGGCGCCCCGAAACGAUGGCCGAGGCCAUCUUCAGUGUCCUCAAGGAGGGGCUGUCGCUGUCGCAGGCGGCCCGCAAGUACGACAUUCCCUAUCCCACGUUCGUGCUGUAUGCGAAUCGGGUGCACAAUAUGCUGGGACCCUCCAUCGAUGGCGGACCCGAUCUGCGGCCCAAGGGCCGUGGGCGGCCCCAGCGCAUCCUCUUGGGCAUAUGGCCGGAUGAGCACAUCAAGGGGGUGAUCAAGACGGUGGUUUUUCGCGAUGCCAAGGACAUGAAGGACGACAGCCUAGGCGGCCACAUGCCGCCCUACGGUCGUCACUCGGACAUGACGCUCAGCUAUCCAGGCGCUAGUGGCGGCAUUCCAGGGCCAGGAGCCGCUAGCCUCAGCGCUCUGGCCUGUCCCAAUGGCAUGGGCAGCGGUGGAGGCGGAGUCACAGGACCAGGGGGAGGCGUCGGUGUGGGUCCUGGCGUUGAUCAGCACAUGUCACAGGAAACAGCAGCCGCCGUUGCCGCCGUGGCACACAAUAUACGACAGCAGAUGCAGAUGGCCGCCGCCGUGCAGCAUCAGCACGGGGAGGCGGGGCCGCCGGUGGUGCCACCGCCCGGGCUGUUCAACCUGCCGCCGCAUUUGGCAGGUGGGCCAGGCCCGCCCGGCAGCAGGGGCAGCAUUUCCCCGGCGUUAAGCAGCGGUUCAGGGCCGCGACACGCUCCCUCACCGUGCGGUCCCGCCGGCCUGUUGCCGAAUCUGCCGCCCAGCAUGGCCGUUGCUCUGCACCGUGACCCGGCGGCGGCGGCGCUGCUCAGCCAGCACCAGCAGCAGCAGCAUCACUUGCAGCAGCUGCACCUCCAGCAGCAGCAACAGCAGCAGCAGCACCACUUGCACCAGCAGCAGGUGGCGGCAGCGCAUCAUGGGAUGCCGCACAAGUCCGGUUUCGGUGCCAGUUCCAUGGCGGCGGCCAGUGCCGCCUCCACAUCCGCAUCAUCAUCAUCCUCCUCCCACCAGCAUUCGCACUCGCAUCCUCAUUCGCAUUCGCAUUCGCAUGGGGAGAAGCAGCAGAAGAAGGGGAGUCCUCACCGCAGCGAAACCCCGCGCCUGCACUCGCCGUUGGGCGAUUUGGGGCUCGAGAUGUCCAGCUACAAGCGAGAGUACUCGCCCAGCCGCCUCUUUGCCGACGAUCUGGCGGAGCUGGUGGGCGCCAGCGUUUCCUCCUCAUCAUCGGUGACGCAAGGAGCAGCAGGCGGGGGAUCUUCGGCGGCCAUUGGAGAGGCUCCCCGCUCCAGUUCAAGCGGAGGCAUUAAAGUGGAACCCAUUACCACCACAAGCGAGUAACGAGCGGCGAUUAGCGAUUGGCGAGUAACGAGUAACGAGUAGCUAAUGAAAGAGUAUGGAAAUGAUACUGAAAACGAAUGAACAGGAAAAGCAAUCAAAAGCGCGAACCAACUAAAAUCAGAAGAAAGAAAAAAACCCAUAAGGGCUGGGUCUCUCGCCAGAGAGACUAUCCCUAAUAUAUAUACAUAUAUAUAUAUAUGUGUAUAUAUAUAUUUGUAUUCCUCUAGUUUCCUUCUACAACAAACAAAACAAAACUCAAACUUCGCCCUUAGGUUCUAGCCGUACGACUAUUUUUUUUUUUUUAUUGAAUCAAAAUUCAAAGUAUUAUUAUAUUAUAGUCCAUCGGAAAAAUAGCGAUCUCUUUAGUUUGUAAGUCCCAAAAAGUCCGAAGGAGCCCGGAACAUUCCACUAAAAAAAAUCAGAAGAAAAUCCCCUACAAAAAAAUCGCCCACAGCAAAAGUUUUAACUCAAAAAAAAACAAAAAAACAAAAACAAAUAUAAGAGUAAUUUUAAAUGUAAAAGAAAACAAAAAACGUAAAAUAACGUAACAUAACAUUUUUUUGAACAAAAAAUAAUAGUAAUUUUAAAUGUAAAAGAACAAAAAAAAAAACAAAAACCGUAACAUAAUGAAAUUUUUUUAACGAAAUAAUUGUGUGCCCGACUUUUGUUUAGACUUUAAUUUGUUUUAGCAAAAAAAGGAUAAAAGAAAAAAGUGUACAAAAAAUAUAAAAAAAAGAGGAAAAAGAAAACUAAAUUUAAUGUUUAGGCUAACACACACAAAAGAAAAAUUCACAAAAAAUGCCUUUCGGAAUUAAAUUCAGCGAUGAAAAAGAAACAAAAUUUGUAACAAAAAAAGAAACAAAAGAACAAAAAUUUUAAAAAGAAAAUGUGAAAUUUUUUUAAAAAUCGUAUUUAUACAAAACGAAAUUUUAGAUCAAAUUUAGGAGAAAACGAAGCGAAAUUUUUUUAGUGAAAAAGCGAAAAUUUUUGUAUGACGACAGCUGCUGCAAUCUAAUGGGUCUCUGGGGGAACUUUAUUUGGGUUUUCAGAACCCUAGAACACUAAAACUCCCAAAACCAGUCUCUUAAAAGCCCCAAAUGAUCCUGUAAUACCUAACCAUAAAAUCCCCAUUCUAAAGUGCCUUUUCUAGCCUUAAUUUGAUCUCUGUUCCGUUUCUAUUCUGGCCCCUGUGUUGCUCUACAGAUCUGCAGCAGUGUUCGUUGUUUUAUUUGAAAAAGUCUGGCGACAUUAUAUUUGAUACAUAGGAUAUAUAUUUUAGGCGUACCUUCCGGCAAUUGAUUUGAUUUUAGCAAGCACACAAUUGAUGGGGAGAAAUCAUUAUAAUAACGAAUAAAGAAUACCUAGAGUUCCAUUUUAAGCAGGGCAUUCGAAACGACUGUAGCCGUUCGCUUAGAGAAAGAAUAGGCAUCAUUCAAGACGUCUAUUUCCUUUUGAUUAUUGAAAAAUUGUAGAGGGAAAAUCAACCCUUACAUAUAGCGAAUUUAUCCGUUUGCGUAGGGGAAAUUGGAACGACUGUAGCCUUUCGCUUAUGAGAAAUUCGUAUAGGCGAAAUCUGCACAGCCAAUCCAUUCGCUUAGGGGAAAUUUGUAGAGCGAAUCAAUAAAUGUACCCUUUCACUUGUGGGAAACUUCUACAGCGAAUCAAGAUAUCUAUUAAUCGCAUCGAAUGUCCUGCUAUUUGGAACAUGGGCUAUAAAACAAAACAUCAUCAUCAUCAUCAGCAUAAAGCGCAGCAAUAGCCAUAGCCCGAAUAUAUCUAUAUGUAUAAUCCACCUGCCCCCCACCCCCGCCCCCCAACACAUGCCCA